GAAAAAAGAAGAAGAAUUUAAACAAAAAUUCAAACAAUUUUCGGAUGUAAACAUUUUAGUUGAUUAAUUUAUUGCCCCGAAAUACAAUUUUAAAACGUUAUAAUAAUUAAUAGCUGCUCCCAAAAUGCAAACAAUUUACGAUGCCAAAAUAUCCGAUUACAAAACGAUUUCAAUACUAGGCCACUGUUUCGAUAACAAAGCAAUGGUCCAUUUAGCCAAGCAUUUACCAACAGCAGAAUUGGUGGCGAUCAAGAAAUUCAACUUGGACAAAAUCAGAGAGGACAUUGAAUUAGUCGAAAGCGAAAUCAUUUUAACGAGACAACUGAGCCAUCCCAACAUCAUACCUUACAUUACGAGUUUCGUAGCAGGCCCCGAGGUAUGCGUCGUAAGCCCCCUCAUGGCGUACGGAUCGUGCAGAGACUUAUUAACAAGGCAUUUUAGCGAAGGUUUACUAGAACCGGCCAUCAUAUUGAUAUUAAAAGACGUUCUGUCAGCGCUAAUAUACAUACACAAAAAAGGCUACAUUCACAGAGCGAUCAGAGCCAGCCACAUUCUCGUAUCGGACACCGGCCAAAUCUGCCUCACCGGCCUGCGGUACGCUUGUCCCAUCAUCAAGAACGGAAAAUGGCAAAGGGCCAUCCACUCGUUUCCCAAUUCGACCGAGAAAAACCUGAACUGGCUGAGUCCCGAGCUGCUGCAGCAGAAUUUGCAAGGGUACAGCGAGAAGUCCGAUAUCUACAGCAUCGGCAUGGUAAUUUGCGAACUCGCCAACGGCUCCGAACCGUUCGCCGGCAUGGCGAAGACCCUGAUGCUGACGGAGAAAGUGCGCGGGUGCACUCCGCAGCUGCUCGACAGGACCACCGUUCCGCGAGAGGAGACCAUCGAAUGCGGAGGCGAUACGGAUAUAAGCGCCAACGUCCUCGACAGGAGGUUCGGCCGGGAUUUGCACGAGCUGGUGAGCCUCUGUUUCCACUGGGACGUGGAUAUGAGACCGUCAGCAUCCCAGCUAUUGAGCCAUAGCGUUUUUAAGGCGGUGAAAAAGGCUCCGCCGCUGCCGGAAUUGCUCAAACCGGCGUUGCCUUUGAGCGACAGAGUGGGCUACGAUACGGAGGAAAUGGAGAAUUUCGAUGCGCUGGCGAAGAUGUCCCAGCUGGAGAUAUUCUCUUGCGAAUGGGACUUUUAACGGGAUCGAUAAAGUGCAAUAUUGUGCUUCGAUAGCUCUAAGAGAUAGAAGAGAUAUUGAACUUUAUCGAGCAUCGAUGUAUUACUGUAUAUAUCGUAUUUUACGUUAUAAAAAUGUCAGUAUACAAACAAGUAGUUUUUUGAAUGUUUGUAUUUAUGAUACAUACGUUUUAAAAGAAUAGGAAACGAAACUUAACAAUUAAAAGUUCUAAUAAUUUAUAUUUCACAUUCGAUAUUUACAGGCGCGUCGAAUUUGUCCCUAAAAUCAGCCAACAUUAUAACAUUACUUUUGAGCGAAGCUUCGGCUUCCUGUCUGAUCUUCAACGUUUUCUCGUUGAGGUCGAACGUUUCAUCGUAAUCCUGAAAAGCCUGAUUGUACUGGUAGUACAUAUUCCUGAGGUUAAUCCAAACAUCGGGAUCUUCGUUGCCGAAUUGUUUACAAGCUAAAAGCAUAGGAUAUUCCAUGUGCUCGACGUUUAUUAUCACCUCGUUCGUUUCCAGUUUGUACAUUUUCGUGUGCAAUUCCUUGCAAUACGGUUCCCUAUUCGCCAACUCUUUGUAAACCUCUCUCGCUAUGUUAACGUCUUUGUUCAGCGCCACCCAUUCGAUAUAGUCCGGUUUGAUGCAAUUGGCUAUUUCUUUGGGUUGCGAGAUCGCGUCCCUAUAAACCCUUUCUAUAACGCUGUUCGGAGACGCUACGAUGUGGUAGUUCA